AAUCUUAGAAAAUAUAGUGUAUCAAAAACGGACAUGGCAAGAGAAUACCUACUCGUCGAAGUUCGAUUCCAGUCGGGCGGUGGACGGGGACCUCAAGACCUACUCUAGAGUUCAGGAGACGGAGAACGCCAUCUGGUGGAGGGUCAGGUUAGAUGGAGACCACAGCAUUUCAACAAUCAACGUCACUAUGGACUGGGUGUCUGAUAUUGAAUACAACGUCUAUGUAACACAUGAUUCCCUUGUGACAAACAUUCAUUCUCUAUGUGAUACUGAGAAAUCUGACUCUGAUCAGAAAGUCAGAAGUGUGGUGUUCCAAUGUUCCCAUGCCAUGGUAGGCAGCACUAUUGAGAUUCAGGCGCCGCCUCACGUACCUCUGACUAUCUACGAAGUCGGCUCAGCAUCUUGCACUGUUGGCACAUAUGGUGAAGAAUGUGACUUACUUUGUCCAGAAGAAUGUCACAGAAGUUGUAACAAGAUAACCGGAAAGUGUGACCAAUGUCCAGCUGGUCAAUUCGGAGAUUCCUGCAACUUAACCUGUUCUAAAUUCUGUGGACAAACCGGCUGUAACAGAACUACCGGACAAUGCCAUCAAUGUGACACAAACCACUGGGGACCAAACUGUACCAGAGUCUGUCCGAAAGCUUGUUCUCCACACUGUCAACGAGAAACUGGCCAUUGCCAAGUGUGUCAAUCUGGACAUCGUUUUAAUGGUACGACGUGUCUACAAUGUCCAAGUGGGUCUUAUGGAGCAAAUUGUUCUCAGAAAUGCGAUACCAAAUGUAAAGAUGAAGUUUGCGAUGCCGAAACAGGUAAAUGUACUGAUUGCAAAGAGGGGUUUUAUGGAGAAUUUUGUCAGAAUGAGUGUUCAAGUAACUGUUUGAAUUCUCUCUGCUCUGCUACAACAGGCGAAUGCUUGAAAUGUGAAAAGGGUCAUUAUGGGACACAGUGUGAUCCUUGUUUGAAAGGUUAUUAUGGUGAGCAGUGCCAAGAAGAAUGCGACUACUGCAGGUCACGUGAUUGUGAUCCUGUAAACGGUACUUGUGAACAAUGUAAUAAUGGAAAAUUCGGCGCCCAUUGCACACAAAGUUGUUUUUCAUCAUGUAAAAACAAAUCAUGUUACAUGAAUGGAGAAUGCAUUACCUGCGAAAAAGGUUAUUAUGGUGAUUAUUGUGAAUCAUUGUGCCAACCAAUAAAUUGUGAACUUUGUAACAAAACCAGUGGCGAGUGCUUGCAGUGCAUCACGGGAUGGUAUGGGAGCGACUGUACGGGUGUAUGUCACGCAGGAUGUAAAACAGGGUGCUACAUGAACAACGGAAGUUGUGAUGACGUAUCAGGGAAGAACGCGCCCAUUUCCUCUCAUUCCAUGGUAAAUAACGUCAUGAUAUUAGGAGGUACAGCAUUAUUGAUAGCAUUUUCCAUUGUUUUCCUCGUGGUAAUUUGCCGUUUUCAAAAAGAAAGAAACAAGACAAGAAGAGAGGCGAAUUAUGAGCGGUCCCUCAGCCUGCCCGGACAGAACUCAUCUCAUCAGUACCACUCCCUAGUGGAGGAGCACAUAUAUCAGAAUGUCAUCACUGAGGGAGAGGUUGAACAGGAAGCGGAAAUAGAACCUGUGACAGAGAACGCAUGCGCUGCUAUUCAAGACUGUAAUGAAUUCUUCAAAGCAGAGAUAAAAUCAGAUAUCCAACUCCCAAAACGGUUUAUGAGGUUUGCCUCUCUAGAUGAGGAGCUAUUGAGAAGAAAUCGCAAUCGUGCCUCUGAGCUGUCUACGCCAUAUGAAACCAUUAUUAUAAGGGAGGAUUCAUCGCGUGUAUCUUAUUACAAAAAGUAAAUUUUCUUUUAGCAUGCAUCAUCUUCGAUCGGAAGUUCACUUCUCCAGUUUAUCGACUCGGACAUUAUCAACUACAUUUAAAGAGUUCUACAACCUGAAAGUACUGAAGUGAUCAACUUAAAUUUGAUAUAUAUACCUGUAGAUAAAUAUCUCGGCUUAAGGACAUUAAUUAGAAAAUGAAACUUUAAGCUGCUAAAUUUUACUUAUAUACUCAUUUAUACAUGUACGUCAAUUUUUUAUCGAUGGAGUUUAUAUAAAAUGUACCUUUCCCAAUUGUUUCAUUUUUAUCAAUAUUAUCCUUGGCGAUGCCAUCAAGUCGUACUCUGCCUUAUGCUUUCUUUUUUUAAAAAAUUGUAUUUUUUUUAACUUGAAUAUGUUUCUAAUGGUUUGGAUAACUAUAUAAUUUUUUCUGAAGUAAGGAAACACUUAUACAGAGUAAAUACAAAUUUAUUUUAUGAUUCCAUACAAGAUAAUGCUGCAUAACAUAUGUCCAAUACACCAGUCACUUUUGAUCUGAUAAAAUUUAAAAAUAUAGUAAUAAAACAUAUUUUCAGAGCCGUAAUGGCAAUUGGCAGAGUUGAUUAAUACGCUAAAUGUAUGUUCUUAUGCACUUUGUAAGCUUUUACCAGCAUAACAUUGACAAAUACCUGAGUAUUAAAUAAAUCUUAUCAGAGCUUUGGGACCUGAAGACAACAUCGGUCAUCGGUCCAUAAUUAUAAUAUUGAGAAUUAUCUUCAUUCUCAACAAGGACAACAUCAAAAGGUCAAAUAUGAUGUUAUCCAAAGAACACAAGGUAUACAUCAUCAAAAGCUUCAUGUGAAAUAGGAAAUCAUAUAUAGCUCCACCAAAUGAAAUAUUGUGGGCAAGGUUAAGGUUGUUUGCAGACAAAGAGACUGACAGACUGACGGACAAAGUAAAACUAUAUGCCCCCGAUUUAUCGAUUACGGGGGCAUUAUGAGAACAAAAACUUUUUUAUGGAUAAAUCUGAUUAAUGACAAAUGUCUUGAAAUGUUCAUAUCUUUAAUAUAUAAGAAUGUUAUAUAAAUAACCCUGAAGUGAAUACAUGUUAACAUAUAAAAAAAAUAAUGCAUGAUUUAAUGAAAAAUUAA